AUGCGCAUCAAGGUGCAGCGCAAGACGAGCGUCACAAGCCGGCGCAGCGACGACGGGCGGUCCGACGGCGAGGGCGCCAACAAGAGCCAGUACGGCGGGUCCGAGCGCAGCCGCGGCGGGCAGAGCAACGCGAGCCUCACCAAGAAGUACGGCGUGUGCGACAAGGUCAUUGUCGGCAAGGGCGCCACGGCCGUCGUCCGCCUCGCGCACAAGUGGGACCGCAGCACCGAGAAGCUGUACGCCGUCAAGGAGUUCCGCAAGCGCCGCAAGAACGAGACCGAGAAGGAGUACGUCAAGAAGCUCACGAGCGAGUUCUGCAUCUCGUCGACCCUGCACCACCACAACGUCGUCGAGACGGUCGACCUGGUCCAGGACGAGCAGCAGCACUGGUGCGAGGUCAUGGAGUACUGCCCGGGCGGCGACCUGUACGCCGUCAUCAAGAAGGGCGACCUCGGGCCCGCCGAGAUCAACAGUUACUUCAAGCAGAUCCUGAGCGGCGUCGCGUACCUGCACUCGAUGGGCGUCGCCCACCGCGACAUCAAGCCCGAGAACCUGCUCCUCGACGCCAAAGGGCACGUCAAGAUCACCGACUUUGGCGUGUCGGACGUGUUCCGCAUGUGCUGGGAGCGCACGACGCACCUGAGCAAGGGCCUGUGCGGCUCGGAGCCGUACAUCGCGCCCGAGCAGUUUGAGCAGAAGGAGUACGAUGCUCGCCUCGUCGACGUGUGGGCCGUCGCCAUCGUCUUCUACUGCUGCACGUUCGGCGAGCUCCCGUGGCGGGUCGCCAAGCGCGACGACAUGUCGUUCGGCCCGUACCAGCAGAUCUACCGCACGUCGUCGUCGACGCCGCCGCCGUUGAGCAACAUCGUGCCGCGCGAGUGUCGCAGCGUCAUCCGCCGCAUGCUCAACCCGGACCCCAAGGGCCGCGCCACGAUCGACGAGGUGCUCGCCGACGCGUGGGUGCAGGACAUCCCUAUCAUCCCGCCCCUCGCCAUCCCGCACUAGUCGUCGCCCCCUCCCUCUCCCCCUCUCUCUCGUCGUUCCCUGUGUGUGUGCCCUAUCCCUGUCCUCGAGCGCCUGUCCCGCCUGUUCGCCCGCCCGCCGUAGCUUGUUGUAUCGAGCGACUCGCAGUACAUGCCCUC